AAUCAUAAAUCAUCAUAUAAUUUCACAAGUGAAAAUAUAUACUAUAUAGCAAUGACUCAAGUCCCAAACUUCCAAAUAUACCCUUAUUUCCCUCCUACCCCACCACACUACUUUCCGGCACCGCCAAACGCGAAACCGCCACCUCCAUCCCCGCCCAAAGUGGCCCCACCUCAUCCACCAACCAUCGCACCUCCACCACCAAAAUCCCCUAUUCGACCACCACCACCGCCACAUCACCCUCCUCCUCCACCGCCACCACCACCUCAUCCCAUCUCUCCACCGCCACCUCAUAUCGUUCCAUCUCCGCCCAAUCCCAUUUUGCCACCACCACCACCACCUCCAGGUCAUCAUCACUCUACCGUAAUCAUUGUCGUCUUUGUCUCGGUCGGCGGGCUGUUCUUUCUUGCAUUUCUUGCGGCGGCCCUUUUCUGCUGCGCCAAAAAGAAGAAGAAGAAAAUUAUCAACGAGACGGAUAAGAUUAAAAUCGACGAGCAUGUAAAGAUCCAAGAAGCCGUCGUACCGGGCCCGCAUGGAACACAAAUGACUGUGGUGACAAUCGAUGAGGAUUUCCAUAUCGAGGAAGAAAUCAAGAAAACCGAGGCGGAAACUGUAAAAGGGUCGUCGCAUGUUGGAAUUGGAUCGCAUAAAAACAUUAGUGGUGAUCAAGCUUUGGAAAUGGCGGAAUCCACGUCUGCGUCGAACAACCAUCGUUAAUUAUCAUCUUCGUCACAAUGGUAAAGAGAAAUAAUAAUAUGCAUGCAUGGAGAAAAUUAAAGAAGUGUAAUUGUUGCUAUGUUUAUUUUCUAUUUCGAUUUGUUAAAGAAUAAAGUGUAAUAUAUGAUUCUUUGAAGUAUAUAUAUCCAAAAUAAAAGGAUAUUAUUGUGAUUGUUUAAUGUUA